AUGAAGGAGAAGAGCAAUGACCUGAGUACAGUGCAGAACCAGAGGAAGAAGCUUCAGCUGCUGGAGGACGAUGUGGCCGCACACGCAGACAGACUGGUCCAGCUGAACGAACUGGCCGAGAAGUGCAUGGCGUCUUCCCAAUUUGACCCCGUAGAAAUUGAGCAGAAGAGGUCAAACAUUAACGACCGAUUCGAACUGGUGUCUGACAUGACUAAGGACAGAAGGAAGCAGUUGGAUGAUGUGUUCAAGUACCACCAGCUGUUGAGGGACAUCUCGGAGGAGGAGACCUGGAUGAGGGAGAAGAAGAUCUUGGUCCACACUCAGGACUACGGAAAGGACCUCACAGGUGUGCAUAAUCUGACGAAGAAGCACAAGCGUAUAGAAAAUGAGAUCCAGAGCCACGAGAAAAGGAUAGAGGCGGUGAGGCCGAUUGCGGAAGAAAUUAUGAAGAAGCACACCACUGAUGGGACGACGCAUCAGCUAUGUGCGAGGCAAGUGGAGAGGUGUUUCGGGACAAGGGCCCCGAAUUGGGACGAGUGCGCUGAUGGCCACUACGCUGUGAGAUGUCGCGGAUGA